UGCUGUCCUUAAACUGUGAAACAAAAAUACUUUAGCAAGUUUUCCUAAAAUUACCAUUCAUAGCUUUAAGAGAAGGACCUACUUAAGGUCUUGCCUCUUUCAUUAAACUGAUAUUAAGAGGCUAAAGUAUGAAAGGUCAAGCGGAGAAAAAUGGAUAUCGGUAAAGUAUCAGCAUGCGUGAGAAGUCAGCAGAAUGUCAUGCUCACGCAGGUCACGUGAGGGGCACAACAGAAAUGUGCUCACGUGAUCCUUCUACAUUACACUCAACCCUUACCAAGGCUAAUGGUAAAAACUCAAAUCCCCAAUCAACACAUCAUUCAGAAACACGUAUUGAUAAUAAUUUACUUCCAACUCCUGGUGGACGAUUGAAAUUUUUUAAAGACGGAAAGUUUAUUUUGGAACUAUCCCAUCGUAGAGAUGGAGAAAGGACUACAUGGUUUCCAGUUCCAAAGAAAACCUUUUGGCCACCAGCUAGCACGACUCCGAAUAGACAAGAGAGUUCUACUUCUCUUAGUGUUUCUGAUGAUAAUUCAUCAGUUCAAUCAAGUCCUUGGCAAAGAGAUCAUUGUUGGAAACAAGCAAAUCCAAGACGUAGAAUAUCUACAGAGUUUAAUUUUUACUAUUAUAGAAAUCCAAAAAAUCGUCUAUGCGCGCAUCCUCGUUUAGUCGCCAGAAAACGUAGACGUCCAUUAGAUCCUACUUCUUUGUUACUUAUUCCAGAAUCAGUAACAAAUUAUACCAAACCAAUUCGUAAAGUAAAUGGUACAUCAACAGGGAAGGUUUUGAACCUAAUUAUCGACAAAUUGGCACGCCUUCUAGAUCCCAAUGUUGUAUCACCUCGUAAACGUAUAUUACGCGAAUUAGAAAGAGUAUCGUUAGAAGAUCAGGCGUCGAAAAGACGCGCAACACCGCAGCCUGUUUGUACAACAACAGCUCCUACUCCAUCAUCAAAACAAUUAUCUUCAUAUAGUAUAACAAGUAUCUUGGGUGAAGAUAAACCAAGCCAUGAACAAGGUUUUUUGAGGAAUUUAUUAAAACCAGAUGACAGACAAACUGUGAAAUACUCAUCAAGUAAUUCGUAUCCAAGAGUACGAAUGGAUCCAUACAUUGGUACAGCUAAUACACCUCUUCAGCACCCUUCACUUUAUGGUGUACCAAUGUUACCUCCUGGACCAUAUAGAGCUCCCUUAUGGAUGCACUAUCCAUCACCCGUCCAUUAUCCACCUCCUAUGCCAUUAUAUGCACCACCACCACCUCAUCCUCCAUCUCCUCCAGUUCAUCAUUAUAAAGACUACAGGGAACAGACUCUUACACCUCCUUCGGAUAUGCCUCUAAAUCUGUCGAAGCAUGCGGGUUGAAUCUCAGGAUCCUAAAAGUUGGUGCCUUAUCAAUGGACAAAAACUGCGCAAACACUGCCCGUGCA